AUGACCGGUCGACAUGCGCCUCGCUCCAAGAAUGGAUGCAGCACCUGCCGCCGCAGAAAAGUAAAGUGCGGAGAGGAACAUCCAGUCUGCAAGCGAUGUUCUUCUCUCGGUCUUACCUGCGAGUGGGGAGUCGUGCAACGGGGAAGGUCGCAUGCUCCUGUCCCUAUCCAACCUGCCCACCAUCAAUGGCCAGCGACUCCCCCGGCCACCACCGCUGUCACUCCCUCUGCGUUUGAACUACCCGUGCCCAAUUUCGACGCCGUCCCGCUGGGCCCUGCUUCUCCGGGGGCUCUUUUUUCGGGAAUAUGGAAUUCCACGCCGUUCACGUUCACCGUCCCGACUCCGCUGUAUCCUCCGCUGUCUGGGACGGACAUCGAAUGCUCCAACUCGCUGAUGCUCACUGAACAUGACCAGAAAUACUUUCAGUAUUUUCCGGCGUCUUCCAUUGUAUUCUACUAUAUAAAGUCAUGGGAUUGGAGCGGUUUCAACUAUCUCUACCAAGGCCCUGCCAUCUCCAGCAAGGUGAUUAUGCGCAUGAUCAUUGCUCUAUCCGCGAGUGAUAUGCACCGAAACGGUCUUGUUUUGCGGUCCCCCGGUCGUCCAACAGCAGACGAUCACGCUCGAUACCAUUAUGGCUUGGCAGUAAAGGAAUUCCGCCAGCUCCUCGAGACCCGAGAGGGUCCGGUUUCCCAAACAGAGCUGGAGAUGGUCUUUGCGACGAUGUUUUUGAUGAUCUCGUACGAGUGGCAGUUCGGCCAAUCCAUCCAGGAUCUCCAGCUUCAUCUGCGCGGCGUCCGCUCGCUUCUGGAAUCGCACCCUAAUCUCUUCCAGAUAAAAGACGUGGAUGAGAUGAUCCUAUCCAUGGAUCCCGCUCAUGCAGAAGACUCGAUUCCUAGGGUGUCGUUCAUCCCAGAGCAAUUGCUCCUCUGGAUUCUGUACAUCGACUCGAGCUGUCGGCCAAUGGGCAUGACGGAAUCGCUGUACGAAUACGCACUCAACUCAGGAAAUCCAGCUAUCCAUCCUGAUCGGCUCUAUCGCUGCGCUCGCCUAUGGGGUCGGUGUUUCUGGGGCACACAGUACCCUGACCAGGAAGUCACGGACGACAUAGAGAACUACCGUGCUCUGGAGCUCGUGCACGCAGACAUGAUGCUCCGCCAUAAAACGUGGCAAGCGCUGAUAAGCGAUCCGGCUGAGAAAGAAGACCAAGCGAAAGCAAUUCUGAAGGAAAUCAUGGCCAUCCGUGAACAAUUCUCCGACCUCUUCCUAACAGCCAAAUUCGCCGGCCUCGUAUCCCCCCGCCGCACCCUCAUCACCAUAAACAUGGCCGUCACAAAUUUCUACGCCCAGGUGCUGUUCCACCGCCGGCUAUUAUACCCGCCAGGCCCGCCCUCCCUCUUCCACCGCGUCGCCGCGUCAAACAUCAUCGAGAUAGCGCAGAAACAGUACACAGUAGACCCGCGCCUCAUGCGCCGUCUCCACUGGCCGCUUCUCAUGGCGGUCAUUGAGACGGAUAAUACGGCGCAGCGAACGUGGCUAAGAGAGCGCCUGCUUGAGCUGCGCUUAUAUCAUUCGGAGUACCUCUGGGCUAGUGACCUGGCGGAUGAGAUCCUUGCUCUGCAGGAUGCAAGUCAGGGGCAGUAUGCCGAUGUAGCGGCUUUGCUGCGCCAGCGGUCGUGUGGAUGA